AUGAACCAUAAGGUCCCGAUACGAGUUGACAGUAGAUUCAGACUCGGAGAUGUUUUGGGAUCUGGUUCAUACGUUGCCAUCAAACUCGAAUCUAUCACAGCCCAGCCAUCUUCUGUACAGCACGAAUACGCCAUUCUGAAACAACUUGAAGGGGGUGUUGGGAUACCCCACACUCUCUGCCUUCAUACUGUUGUCGAUCUAGGAAUUCAACUGAUCAGUCGGUUUCUCUCACGUCUUGAGUACAGCCACUCAAACAAUUAUGUUCACUGUGAUAUCAAACCGCAGAAUGUCUUGGUGGGCCUUGGCCAUCUGAAGCACACUGCAUUUAUAAUUGAUUUCGGUAUCGUGAAGGAAUACUGGGACACUGCAACCAGAGUCCAUAUUCCCUUUUGUCAGAAUCAAUGUCUCACUGGCACUCCUGCCUUCGCUUCAAUCAACAACCACUUAGGAGUUGACCUGGGUCAUCGUGAUGACCUUGAAUCACUUACUUACAUGUUGAUCUAUCUGUUACGUGGCUCCCUUCCUUGGUUAACUAGUGACUCCGAGAAACUCUCCAGCUCUUCUGUACUCGAGUGCAAGGUCAACACCACCAUCGAAGUCUUAUGCGAUGGAAUUCCCAUCAAAUUUGCAAGUGUUCUCAUCUACACGUGCUCUCUUGCGUUCUCGGAAGACCCUGACUAUGGGCAUCUUCGUUCAUUGCUUUGUGGACCCUCCAAUCUCCAAUGA